AUGCCGGCAAAGACCUUCGCAGUCACGGUGCUUGAGGAAGCCGACGAGCACGACUGCGGGGUGUGCGACGACAGCGAUUGCGUCGGCUUCUUCGAGAUGGAAUUCGAUGAGCAGGAGCUGACUACCAUCCUCGUCUCCCUGGACUCCCAGGACCUGGACGAGGAGCACAUCUUGGACGUUUUCGCAGAGGUGGCGCUCCCGCAGCCUCGCAGGACGUGGGCAGAGGCCAGGCAGCUCAAGACCAACAGACGUGUGGACAGGGACUUCGAUAGAUGCAAGGACGCGAAGAAGGACACCAGGGGCGAUUCCAAGAAGAG